AUGGCAACGAUUGUGAUGGAGAGGAUCGGGCACCUGUUCAUCAACCUGCAGCAGGUACGGCAGGUGCCCCGGAUGCUGCGGGAGGCAGUUCCCUCCAUGCCUGGCACACUGCGGGACAGCGAGGUGCCACCCUUCUUCCGGGACAAGAACAUCCACGCCGGCUACCGCCCUCCCGACCAGGGCUGGCGGUACUACUUCCUGUCCCUCUUCCAGCGGCACAAUGAGACUGUCAACGUGUGGACCCACCUGCUGGGGGCGCUGGUGGUCCUCACCAAGUCUGCCGAGCUGUCGGAAACAGUAGACUUUGCCGGGGAUGUCCACGCCUGGCCCCUCCUCAUCCUCCUCAUCUCCUCCUUCGCCUACCUGGCGUUCAGCACCGUCGCCCACCUCCUCUCGGCCCGGUCGGAGUUCCACCACCACGCCUUCUUUUUCCUCGACUACGUGGGCGUGGCGCUCUACCAGUAUGGCAGCGCGGUGGUGCACUUCUACUACGCUGUGGAGAAGGACUUUAGCUGGCUGCCGCGCGGAGCGUUCAUGCCUGUUGCCGCGGCGCUCGGCUGGCUGUCCUGCCUGGGCUGCUGCUAUGGGAAGUACCACGACCGCAGGCUGCAUCCGUGGGUGAGAAAGGUGGGCCAGGUGGUGCCCUGUGCCCUGGCCUACGCCUGGGACACCAGCCCCGUCUUCCACCGGAUAUACUCCUGCCUGCCCUCCUGCGGCCGUGACCCAGCCGUGCCCUUCCACUGCGGCCAGGUGGCCUUCUUCCUGUCCAGCUCCUUCUUCUUCACCCAGCCGCUGCCCGAGUGCUGCUUCCCAGGCCGGUGCGACUUCCUGGGGCAGAGUCACCAGCUCUUCCACGUCCUGCUGGCUCUCUGCACCCUGAGCCAAAUCCACGCGUCCCACCUGGAUUACCUGGGACGCCGGCCUCUGUACACGCAACUCCACGGGGACGGUCAGGGACCCGUCUUCUUUAUGGGUCUCUUUGUGGCGUUGGGGUUGGCCACUGCCCUGACCGCCCUCUAUAUGACCUGGAAGGUGAGCCGCCAGAUUGGUCAGAGAGACAAAGUCAAAUGA